UCUUCACAUUUGCUUGAGGAAAGUGAAUCUCUGACGAUGCCUGAACCAGCGAAGACAGCGCCCAAGAAGGGCUCCAAGAAAGCCGUGGCCAAGACCGCCGGCAAGGGCGGCAAGAAGAGGAGAAAGACCAGGAAGGAGAGCUACGCCAUCUACGUGUACAAGGUGCUGAAGCAGGUCCACCCCGACACCGGAAUCUCCUCCAAGGCCAUGAGCAUCAUGAACUCCUUCGUCAGCGACAUCUUCGAGCGUAUCGCCGGUGAGGCCUCCCGCCUGGCUCACUACAACAAGCGCUCCACCAUCACCUCCAGGGAGAUCCAGACCGCCGUCCGCCUGCUGCUCCCCGGGGAGCUGGCCAAACACGCCGUGUCUGAGGGCACCAAGGCCGUCACCAAGUACACCAGCUCCAAGUAAACAGCUCUGCUAUAACAACAACAACCCAACGGCUCUUUUAAGAGCCACCCACUCUCUCUACAAAGACAAAACCUUCCUCUGCUUUGUGUCGUACAAAUAUAAUCUGUUCAUAAUUAAUACAAAUACCAACAAUAGUGGAGUUGAAGUCUAAAGUCCCAACAUCAUCCUUCACUAAGAAAUAAGCUUAUCAUCCUCUUGGCACAUGCUAAGAACUCACUUCUCUUUGUAUCU